AUGGAUCCCGUCUUCAGAACUGCCUCUCCAUACACUGAUCCUACCGUCAAAGGUCCCAAGUCACAGAUCCAGGCCUCGGGAAUAGAUUUACGCAAGAUGAUUUCCAGCAACGUUAACAAGACUGCUCUGCACCCUGGCGGUGUCCAGCCCUUCCGCGAGCACACCGAGCUCGAGGAGGAACUCCACGAGGUCGCCCACAUCGACUACGACCGCGUCGCCAUUGUCGCCAACCCUUCCGUCGCUGCCCUCUACGAAGAUGCCCUCGUCUACGAGAGCGGCACUGCCAUCACCUCCAGCGGUGCCCUGACUGCCUACUCGGGCGCAAAGACUGGCCGAUCUCCCCUCGACAAGCGAAUUGUCCAGGAGCCUUCAUCACAAGACAACAUCUGGUGGGGACCAGUCAACAAGCCCAUGAGCCAAGAUGUCUGGAAAAUCAACCGAGAGCGUGCUGUCGACUACCUCAACACCCGCAACCGCAUCUAUGUCAUUGACGGCUAUGCUGGCUGGGACGAAAAGUACAGGAUCCGCGUCCGCGUCAUCUGCGCUCGCGCCUACCAUGCCCUCUUCAUGAGGAACAUGCUCAUCCGCCCUCCUCGCGAGGAGCUCGAGCACUUCCACCCCGACUACACCAUCUACAACGCCGGCAAGUUCCCCGCCAACCGCUACACCGAGGGCAUGACCUCUGCCACCUCCGUCGCCAUCAACUUCGCCGCCAAGGAGAUGGUCAUCCUGGGCACCGAGUACGCCGGCGAGAUGAAGAAGGGCAUCUUCACCGUUCUCUUCUACGAGAUGCCCAUCAAGCACAACGUCCUGACCCUGCACUCCUCCGCCAACGAGGGCAAGAACGGCGAUGUCACGCUCUUCUUUGGUCUGUCUGGAACCGGCAAGACCACGCUGUCUGCCGACCCCAACCGUGCCCUCAUCGGCGACGACGAGCACUGCUGGAGUGACCGCGGUGUCUUCAACAUCGAGGGCGGCUGCUACGCCAAGUGCAUUGGCCUGUCCGCCGAGAAGGAGCCCGAUAUCUUCAACGCCAUCCGCUACGGCUCCAUCCUCGAAAACGUCGUCUUCGACCCCGUCACCCGCGAGGUCGACUACGACGACGUCACCCUCACCGAGAAUACUCGCUGCGCCUACCCCAUCGAGUACAUCUCCAACGCAAAGAUCCCCUGCUUGACCGACAACAUGCCCUCCAACAUCAUCCUCCUCACCUGCGACGCCCGCGGUGUCCUGCCGCCCAUCUCCAAGCUCAACAGCGCCCAGACCAUGUUCCACUUCAUCUCCGGCUACACCUCCAAGAUGGCCGGCACCGAGGACGGCGUCAACGAGCCCCAGGCCACCUUCUCCAGCUGCUUCGCCCAGCCCUUCCUGGCCCUGCACCCCAUGAAGUACGCCCGCAUGCUCGCCGACAAGAUUGAGCAGAACAAGGCCAACGCCUGGCUGCUCAACACCGGCUGGGUCGGCGCCGGCUUCGCCCAGGGCGGCAAGCGAUGCCCCCUCAAGUACACCCGCGCCAUCCUCGACGCCAUCCACUCCGGCGAGCUCGCCAACGCCGAGUUUGAAAACUACGAGGUCUUCAACCUGCAGGUGCCCCAGGCCUGCCCCAACGUGCCCGAUGAUCUGUUGAACCCCAAGAAGGCCUGGACUGCCGGCAGCGAGAGCUUCACCAAGGAGGUUGUCAAGCUGGGCGAGCUCUUCAACGAGAACUUUAAAAAGUACGCGAGCGAGGCUACCGAGGAAGUCAUUGCCGCCGGCCCCAGCGUGUAAAGGAGCCAAAGAAGGGAAAAAAACAAAAAUCCACCAAAAAACUAAGCUCAAGGAUAAGGGAAAGCGUUUUGACUUUUUUUUAAAACAAUCAAUCAUUCGAUUUUGAAUGACAUCCAGGGUGUUUAUUGGCUUUUCAUGAAAAUGAAAUCAACAAAAUACGAAGCAGGAAGAGGAGGACACGAUUUAGACUUUUUCUUUUUUUCUCUUUUCUUUUCUGUUGACUCUUUCUUUUUCUAAUGAUCCCAUUUCAUCGAAUGUCGGGAACUGCAUCGUCAUUAUUGGAUAGGCGUUGAAAUCUAUUUUCUCUGUUUAUUUCAUUUUUUUUGCAGGAUGUGUUUUGCUGCACAUUUCUGAAAAUUUGCUACAUAGCUAAAUUGAAUAAGUGUUAUUA